AACCCUUCUUUCUCUUCUGUCUUGUGUGGUUUUCGUAUCCCCCCUUUGCCUCUCUCUUCCUCUUCAGACACUGCAGACGGCGGCUCAGGACUCGGCACCGGCGCCAUCGUGGGCAUCCUCAUCGUUGUCUUCUUGCUGCUGCUGGUGGCCGUGGACGUCACCUGCUAUUUCCUCAACAAGUGCGGCCUCCUCAUGUGCAUCGCCGUCAACGUUUGCGGGAAAGCCGGGCCGGGCGCCAAGAGCAAGGACAUCGAGGAGGGAAAGGCGGCGUUCUCGAAGGACGAGUCUAAGGAGCCGAUUGUGGAAGUGAGAGCAAAGGAAGAAAACACCCCGAACCAAGAAGGAGGGGGUCCCACUGAGCCCAAUGAGACCACCCCGCUGACAGAACCAGAACCUGCCGCUGCCGACUCCCCGAACACGGCGGUAAACCGACUCCCCCCGGCUGCUUCUAACUCGGUUACAGAGAGCUUUAGCACGCCACAGACUAACUCCUCUCCUAAAAACACUGCUGCAGCCCUUUCCAAUUCACCUAAAGCAGACUCCGAGUGCAGCGUCGGGCCCCUGGUUGACCUCAGCGACGCUCCAAAAGUUGCCCCUGCCUCCAGCCCUCCUGUAUUAGAGCCAGUUAGCCCACCGCCCGCUAAUGGCGACAGGCCUCAGAACCCGUGUGAGUCAGUGAGAGCCCCCAGCAGCACCCAGAGUAAGGACUUACAAGUAGACGGCCAGAGCAACGAUGCCCGCUGUGCCCCAUGCUCAGACUCCACCACAUCAACCCAAAAUGACGGGAAGACUGUGAAGAGCGACAACGCCAAAGCCGAGCCGGAGGUGAAGAACGCCACGGCCGAGGUGAAGACGGUCCCCAACGAGGCUCCUCGGGCGAACGGCAAUGAAAGUAAAGCAUAAUGUCCUCCAGCCGGGGCAGCAGCGGGGCGGAGGAGGGAGGGAGAGGUGCAGGUUGGGCGGGGAGAGUUUGGGGUGUGGGUUUUACAGGUUAAAAACGGGGGGUGGUCACAGUCACUGAAACUUCGAAACAAUUUCACACACACCACCCCACUGCAUUAGGAAAAAAAUAAAUAAAUAAAGCAGCAACUCAGAAGAUAUAAACUACAAAGAAAAUGCGUGUUUCUGCUGGAAUAUGAGCAGGAGUGAUAAACCUCAUGCGACGCCUUAGUUCCCAAUACAUCCACCUAAAUCAGUCACUGUAAAACAUUAGAUAUUCACACGUCAUGUCACCCAUUUUUGUACGUAAUAAGCAGAUCAGCGUCUGUCAUAUUUUCUCUAGAUAAACUUGGAUGAACUGUAGCUUUGCCUUUAAGAUGCACACAAAUGUAAGACCGACUCUACUACUCUUUAUGCAGUACGCUCAUUAUUGUGAUGAUGGAUUAUGGGUCUUCUUUUUCCUUUGCCUGUGGUUUUUCUUUAAAUGCUGUUCUCACUGCCUAUUUAGCUGUUUCUUAAUGUCUUUAUUAAAGCAUGUGGAUUUGUUGCAAAGUUGCUGUAUUUCUGUAAAUUCAUAUGUGAUCGGGGUUUUUUUUUUCUUUUCCGCUUCUUAAUCCUGCGUUUUCCUUCAUUUCAUCUUCACUCUCCCAAAAAAAAAACAAAAAAAAACGGAAAAAUGAUUGUGAGAAAUAUUCACGUAAAAGUUAAUGUCUUGUUUUUUUUCCUCCUUAGUCUGUUUGCAGGCUGUUUAUACAUGCACCAAUCAGAGUUUUGUUAAUACUAAUUUCAGUAAGCCAACUCCGAUUUCUCUUCAGUAAUUUUAGGUAAAUGCAUUCAAAAUGUUGUUUUUUUUUUUUAAUUAUUAUUAUUAUUAUUCUAGCUUUUUAAGACAUCAUUAAUCAAUUAUAUUUGGAGCCAAGGCAACAUGUCGCGGUGAAACAGGGCUUCACACACAAAUAUUAGCCAACUUUAGCUUCUUAUAUUAGCAAUUAGCGUUGUUAGCAUUAAUAGCUUUAUACCACAGUAUAAAGAUUCCUAUUCUCUAGACACGCUUACCUUCGAUCUGAGCCCAGAAAGUUUACAUUUCUAAAUUCAACUUGCUUUGUGGCAGAGAUUAAAUGCUUGGGAAGAUAAAACAAAGCAACGUUACUGUAAAACCUUCAUCCUUCCUUUAGUCAGAAGAAAUUUCAAUCCCUCUCUUUAAAAGUAGCAGCCAAAAUGACCUCAAUGUCAUUUUUAAACAUUUUACUGAUAUUCAAAAGACUGCUCAAUAGACUUUAGUAUACAUCACUCAGUCUCAACUUCCACACUGAAGAGUGUUGCUGUUAGCACAAGGUGUGGGACAUUAAUCGGUUAAAAAAAUAUCAGAUUUUUGAGUUUCCAAUCCUUAGUUUUUCUUUUGGUUCAUUUCCUGGCUUCUGACAAACAGCAUGGUGGGUUUGGUCGCCAUGCGUUGUUAGUGUCUGUUAGUGUUCUUCAGAAGCUGAUUACAUGUUUUAUUUUAUUUUUUACUUUCAUUUUUUUUAUAAAUCAAACAGUUAGAGCAUAAAAUGUUUUUUUGAGUUUUUCCCCAAUAAGCCUGAAAUUUUCAUGCCAAAUCCUUUAGUUCUUGCGUGUUAACCUGUAUAUGGACUCAAUUUUCAGGGGGCCUUCAUGUUUUUGUUUAGAUUUUUUUAGAUCAGUUAAAUCACAGCUUCAUUCUUUCUGACUGGCUCCUGUUAAAUCCCAAUUUUCAUGCCUUAAAUUGUUUUCAUCUCUUAAUAAAUAUCUUUAAAACCCUCCUUAAAAUUCCUCAUUAACCUUAACUAAAUAUUGAAUAGCCAAAUAUAAUGGGCCUUGGAUGAAUAUUCAUGAACUGGACCAAUGAAAACCUGCACUGCAGGAUGUAAAUAAUGGGAACCUCACUUAAAAUCUACCAUUUAAGUAAUUUACUUAUGUGAGGAGAUUUACCUGUAACCUUGUUGCACUGUUUGCAGUUCUCCAUCUUGUAUUAAAAUACAUGUAUACAGACAAACUAGGUCAAAAAUGUGUUCUUCUCAUGAAUUAAGCUUUGUAACCCUGUUAAAAUAAAAUGACAAAUUAAGGUUUGUGUAUAAUUAGAAAUUACCCAUGCAUUGAAAACAUUUAGAUUUGUACAGUUUUUACAGUACAAUAUUCUGUUAUAAAUUGUACAAAAUAUUGUACAAUAUUAAUUGUACAACUCUGUUCAAUUAUUUUUUUUACAAUUCCAGCACCAAGCAUCAAAACAUUUUGAGCGAAAGAUGUCAUGUUUAAUUCCGAUUUUACGUUUUAUAGAAGAGCUAAACCCAUAUUUGCCCCCCUAUUUACUGGGAACUCUAAAAUCAACCCACAGUAAUUGUUCAGGUUGAUUUCUUUGAUUUGGAACUUUGCAUUUGUAACAACAAUUUGUUAAGCAUUUGUACAAAACCGAUUCACAAAUAUAGAUAUUUUCUGCAGGUGCAUAAAAACAUUAUAUCCACAAAAUCUCAAAUGAAACCAGUGGUGUGGCCUAAUGUUUCAUUAAUCCAGCCGAGUUGUUUUUGGGCGCUCAUUCAGUACUGAGGUUUCAUCAUCAGACGGUCGGCUGAUUCUUUGUAAAAAUUCCAAAUACUGUAAAAUUAGAUGGUGAAAUCCCACUGACAGUAACAUACCCAGUUCUGAUGCAGCAGGACUCUGUGAAUUCCACACCUUUAUGUUUCAAAACUCGAAACCUUUGCAUUUUGAGUUCUGAAAAUGUACAUGUUUUCCUUCUCUCUCACACGUGUGUUACACUUAUCCUGAGGUUUCCUUAAAGUGGUUUGGACACGUAGGUUAGGCAACAUGUUUGGACUUUAGAGUGAAACAUGGAGUCAGUUUGGACUGAGAUGUGGUUGUUCUUAUGACUCAUUUUAGAAAUGUAGAUCCACGUGUGUUAUGUCUUCGUAUUUGACUCCUCCAUAGCCGGAGUUUGUUUUUUUCUUUUAUCAUAUUUAUUGUUGACAUAGUAACCGAACUCAACUGGAUCUUUGGGUAUUUGCUGUUUCUCUUUUCAUUUUGUGGCAUCAAAUCUGAAGGGGCUUGUCUAAAUCUGGUCAGGCAGUAAAUAAUUGAGCAGCUUGUGUCAUUUAUUAGCCUUUCUAUUGAAUUGUUUUAAAGAUCAGCCCAUACAACUGCAAAAAAAGAAAAAGAAAAAUCGGUUUCACUUUUAGUUUUUCCUUCUAGCAGCUUUAUGAAAUCCAUGAAGUUUUAAAUAUUUUUUAUUUGAAAUUAUUUUGACGGCAGCACCUUCCUAACUUAUUGGCUCUCCUGGUAGAAAGUCUCAACAUUCAUUUAUCCAACCUGAAAUUUCAGUGAUGAAAAAAAAAAUCCCACCUUAAAAUAAACUUUUUUUUUUUUUUUUUAACAAGAGUGUUGGUAACUCUUAAAAUGAUAAUAAAAUAAAUGUACUUAAUUUAUUUACCAAUUCUGUACACUGUUAAGCUGAUCGUACUGUCAAGGAACAUAAUGCAUAAGUUGAAUAUGAAGAGUCACAGAGGCCCAUCUCCAUGGAAACUAAGAAAGAUAACAGAACAUGCUAUUUAUAUAAGGUGGGUGUUGAAAUUUUAAAAAAUCUGGAAACGAAUGAUAUUUCAAAGAAAAAAGCCCAAGCUUUUCAAUAUUUAAUCAGAAAUUUUUAGAAUUUUUAAAGAGGUGGUACAACGUUUUCCAAAGCUCCUUUUUGACUUUCUUAAAAAGUAAUAACAUAAAAAUAAAAACAUAGAAAUGUUCCCCAAUUAAUAAAUCUUUCUAAAGUAAAGUCUGGACUUUUCAUUGUUUUUCGGUGAGAUCGUGUUACUGUAGGACAUUUUAUGUAGAGUUUCCUGCAUCUUUACCAAGGCGGCCAAUAAAUGCGAAGGUUCUGCUGCAAAAAAAAAAAAAAAAAAAAAA